GCCCUUCCUCCCAUUAGCCUCAAUCAACAGCCUGAGCCGAGCUAAGCCACAGGACAAGAAACGGCGUCUGACACACGAGAUUCGGAAAAGGAUCAGCUGCCCAGCACUCGAUAUGGCAGAGGGAUGUCUAAAAGUCCUCAAAUAUAUUCUGUUUGCCUUCAAUUUCAUAUUCUGGCUCCUUGGAUGUGUUAUCCUGGGUCUCGGAAUAUAUCUGCUGGUGGCUAACAACUUUGGAGCAUUGUUUCCCUCACUUCCAUCCCUGUCUAUUGCCAACGUCCUGAUCAUUGUGGGCUCGGUCACUAUGGUGGUGGCAUUCGUGGGUUACAUGGGAGCUAUAAAGGAGAACAAGUGCCUCCUUUUAUCGUUCUUCAUCCUGCUCCUCCUGAUUCUGAUGGUGGAAGUAGUUGUUGCAAUCAUGCUCUUCUUCUAUGAAAUUCAGAUUGAUGAGUACGUUCAGCGUGAUAUGAGAGACGGAUUGAAGAAGCUCGAAAAAGCAAACAACACUGGAUUAUCUGAUGCAUGGAACCAAAUUCAAUCACAGCUUAAGUGCUGCGGGGUGGUCAACCACACUGACUGGGGCAGAAAUGUACCAGCCUCAUGCUGUCUAGAUAACAAAAAUCCAUGCACGGACUUUGUGAAAGAGGGCUGCUAUGAGAAAUUCAGGAACUGGUUUGAUGGGAACUUCCUUUUAGUGGGAAUAAUAAUCAUCUGCGUGUCAAUUAUCCAGGUUCUAGGCAUGUCCUUCGCUAUGACCAUGUACUGCCAGAUCUCCAGCAACUAUAAAUGCAAUUAAUUACAUGUGGGACUGUAAAUAUGUCUAAGAUUGAAUACUUUGCUCUUCUCAAGACCAACACUUUCCUAUCUUGUUGCUCAAAUCUUCAAUGUAUUAAAAUGGGGUCAAUCCAGUUCAUCAGUCGUCCAUUUCACCUUCCCAGGAGAUCAAGAGUGACUCCCGGUUUCUGCAGUAUCAAACGCUGAACAUUACCAAAUCCAGGAAGAUGAUUGGCUUCUCUUGUUUGUUAAGAAGAUUCCUAGAGAUAGUGAUCAACAAUAAUUGUUCUCUUCAUUUCUAUGGAAGAAACCAGCAGAACUGGACAGAAAGUGCCAUGCUCUCAAACAUUGCCUUAGUGUCCGAGGCAUUGUUUCCAAGCCACUAUCAGCGACCGUAACUCUUAUAGACUUAUUGGUUAUUGAUCUGUUGUUCCGGCCAGGACUCUCUUACGUUUCUUUUCUUUGUAUGAAUAUUUUAUAAGUAACUUUUUCCAGAAAUAAUUAUGUAUUAGUAAUAAUAAUAAUUCUUGCAUUUGAUAUAGUGCCUUAUCACAUCUUCGAGAUGUCUUCAAGCGCUUCACAGAAUAUAUUGUAAAGUGUAGUGACUGUGUAUUUUGUGCUUUUGCGGGCAAAGCACAUUCAAUAACUUUGUAGGUAAACACUUCUCCAACUGAGGUCUGGUCCAUUGGCCAGGCCAAGAAUCAGCUGUUAACCAUCUGUUUUCUCUCUCCUUUGAAAUUGCUAUGGACUCCUCUCCUCUGAACACAAUAGUUUGUUUCCCAACUGCACAUUCAAUAUUACACAUAUUUGGUGAAAAUUGAGUUUUAUUCUUUUGGACAAUUUUGUAACCUUGAAAAUGACAAAAUAUCAAUAUUAAAAAAAUCUA